UGAAAUAUAAUAAUAAGUUUGUUUUCAGUUUUUUUUCUUUUUUGAACAAAAACUUUAUCCCAUCAUAUGUCAUAAUAAUUGCUUAUAAGUACCAAAACCCUUUCAUAUUAAGUUCUUGUUCAUUCUCCGCCUUCUAAUUCUGUUUUUAUUUACUUGUUUCUGAUAUGGAUGCAGAGAAUGUUCUUGAAGCCAUGAAAGUUGAACUGGAAGGGAUGCGAUAUGAGAAUAUAUACAUGGAAGAAAGGCUAAUAGCUUUGGAAAAAGCACUCGAAGAACAUAAGAGAUUGCUUGCUGAGUAUAAAGCCAUUGUAGAAUUGACUGAUCAUUUACUGAGUGACAUUGGUGUUGAUGCAGGAUUUGAUAACGAGAACAACGGUAGUUUUGACGAGGAAACCAUCAAGAGCUUGAUAGAGGAAGCUGUGAGGGACUUCACUGAAGCACUGGACAAAGCUCAAUCUCGCCCGGGCCGCCCUGGAGAUGGUGGUGCCGAUGGCCAAGCUUAGCAGCUCAAGUGGUGUUUCAAACCAGCUUAGCAGCUCAAGUGGUGUUUCAAGGUUUGGGUCAAGCUUGGGGGUUAAGUUGUGACGUUAUAUACUAUGCUACUUUGGAAGGGUUUAAAUCAAUAAAAUUAUUAGUUUCAUUUUUUAA